UCUUUGCAGCGAUGACAGUCUUUCCAAUCCUGCGGCUACCUCAACGAGCACUGAAAGAAGCACUUCGAUACUUUGUACCAAGAGAUAUAAUCAAUUUUUCCCUAAUCUCCAAAUCCACAUUACAAUGCGCCAAAUCAUUGAAUCUGAAAGCUAGUAAUAUACAAAUUGAGGUAAAUAAGGAUAUUCGAGUGGCUUUGGAAGUUAACGAUGAAGAAACCCCGUUCAACCGAUGGAAAGAAAUGUGCGUCAAAUGGGAAUCUUCUCGAGUUGGGCUACAAGAACUGGUUGAGCAUGUCCUUGAAGUAUUCCAUAGCAAGAAACUAGAUCAUUUAAUUAUAAGACAAGAUUCUCAAGACUGGGAGCUAUUUUCUGAAGCUCUUGAUGGCCUGGACAUCACAUCGAUAUCACUUUCCACUACAAGUGAUAGCCCUCACUUUACGAGACUUGUGAACAAAUUCUCAACAGAUUUAUUCUACCCUAGGACUAUUUCUGAUAGAAGUCAACAUACCACAUGGCUCCAGAAAAUACUAUGUUCCAAUCGUAUAGAAGUAAGCAUGUACACAAACUGUUCACUUCCUAAUAUAUUAAGCUCAAACUGUGAGAUUAUAUCCUUUCGUGCAGAAAGUACCCCGAGCAAUUUGAACUUAUUUCUGAAGCAUUGGAUCAACGGAUCGAAUGAAAUGCUUCGAAAGUUAAUUGCCAAAUCGAAUAGAAGGAUCAAUGAGAAUUAUGUACUUGGAAUGUUAAAAGGCGUGGAAUAUAUGGAUACACCUGUGGAAGAUGUGCUGAAUCCACCGAGAUGGUGGAAGUUGGAAGGUGGAAAGGAUGUGUACAAUUGCUAAGGGACAAGAGCGUCUAUAGUUGCUAUUAGUACGGAUGUUGUAAUGUACGUGUGGGAUGAUGAAUGAUGUUUAAUAAGCUCUAUAAUAAAUAAUUA